CACAAGACGCGAAAAAGGAAAUGCCCUGUCACAUCUUCAACCAGUCCAUUUUCUUCUGUCCACUAUAGCUUUCUCUCCUCUUCUUCCUCACCGUAGACCUUCUUCCCCAAAAAUAAAAAACCUAGGGUUUUCAAUUAACUCCUUUUUUUCCCUCUCCAGCUGCUUCUGUUUCUCUUUUGGUUUCAAUCAAUCUAUCUAAGCAGUAACUUAUAGAGUAUUAGUAGCGAGAACACAGCAAUUAUUUUCAAUUCAUUUCUACUUAAUUUUCUAUUCAUUUCAAUACAUGGAACAACAACAAGUACAGUUGCAAGAACAGUCAAAGAAGAAGGAUGGGGAAGAAGAAUAUAGACCUUGUAUUGAAGAGAGUAGAGAGCAACGGAUUUUUGACAAUUCUUUACCAGGCGCUGACCUUAUGACCAUCGAUCAAUGCGAGACGAUUCGGGAAAUGGACGAUUCGCAACUCGUUGGACCUCCCCCGUCUACUGCGGUUGCGGCACGGGAUGUUGAUAUGGUGGAUGUGGAAGUUAGAACGGCGUCUAAAGUUGUGGAUAUGACUCCGGCCAAGCGGAAGCGUGGUCGGCCACCGAGAAUUCAGGGGAAAACGGGGCCGCCACCGCCGCCACAGCAGCCCCAGAGGAAGAAGAGAGAUGAGGAAGAUGUUUGCUUUAUUUGUUUUGAUGGUGGUAGUCUUGUGCUUUGCGAUCGCCGGGGUUGCCCUAAGGCAUAUCAUCCAGCUUGUAUCAAGAGGGAUGAAGCAUUCUUUCGCUCAAAGGCUAAAUGGAAUUGUGGGUGGCAUAUAUGUAGCGGUUGUCAGAAGGCUUCUCAUUACAUGUGCUAUACUUGUACAUACUCCUUGUGCAAAGGAUGUACUAAAGAUGCUGAUUAUGUGGGUGUUAGAGGGAAUAAAGGAUUUUGUGGAACAUGCUUGAGAACUAUAAUGCUGAUUGAAAAUGUUAAACUGGCAAAUGCAGAAACGGUUCAGGUGGAUUUUGAUGACAAAACUAGCUGGGAAUAUCUCUUUAAGAUAUACUGGGUUUACUUAAAAGCUAAGCUAUCUUUAACCAUAGAUGAGCUAACUAGAGCUAAAAAUCCCUGGAAAGGAGAUGAGCUAUCUAAAGCUAAAAAUUCCUGGAAAGGAGCUGUCAUUUUGGCUCCUAAGGAGAUAUCAAGGGGUCAACUUUAUCAUGGUAAUGAUGAGAAAGGAUCUUUUACAGACAACUGCUGUGGAAAUCUUGAAGCAAAUCAUUCUAAGAGAAGAAAAACAAAGGAUCAACCGAACUUUCUCAACGAGAAUUACUCCAUACUUAUGGAAAAAUUGGGUGUUGAUAAAGUCACACCUUUGCCUGAAGGGACAAUGUGGGCAACAAAGGAGCUCUUGGAGUUGGUUGCACACAUGAGAAACGGGGAUACAUCUGUGUUAUCUCAGUUUGAUGUCCAGGCUCUUUUACUAGAAUACAUAAAAAGAAAUAAUCUUCGUGAUCCUCGCCAGAAAUCUCAAAUUAUUUGUGAUUCAAGGCUUGCAAAUAUGUUUGGAAGGCCUCGUGUUGGCCAUUUUGAAAUGCUGAAGCUUCUUGAAUACCAUUAUCUGAUAAAAGAAAAGUCUUCAGCUGAUGAUACUGUUGGCGUGGGAGUUGCUGAUACUGCUGGUGGUCAGGUAGAGGCUGCUAGAAGCAGUGAUAGUCAAAUGAUUGUGGGUAAUGACAAACGGCGUAAAUCACGCAAAAAGAUGGAUGAGAGGUCACCACUGAUUAAUCCUAAUGCAGAUGAAUAUGCAGCAAUAGAUGUUCACAACAUUAACUUGUUGUACUUAAAACGUGAUUUGAUAGAGAACCUAAUGGAUGAUUCUGAGAAAUUUCAUGAAAAUGUUGUUGGAUCAUUUGUGCGAAUUAGGAUUUCUGGGGGCGAUCAAAGGCAAGAUAUGCAUAGGCUCGUCCAAGUUGUUGGUACUAGCAAGGUGGCUGAAUCAUAUCAAGUUGGCUCAAAAACAACCAAUGUCAUGCUUGAAAUAUUAAAUUUGAACAAGAAAGAGGUUGUCUCAAUUGAUGCAAUCUCAAAUCAGGAGUUUUCAGAGGAAGAAUGCAGUCGUCUACACCAGAGUAUAAAAUGUGGGCUUAUCAAACAGUUAAAAGUGGGUGAGAUUCUGGAGAAAGCUAUGGUGCUUAAACCUGUCAAAGUUAGUGAUUGGUUGGAAGCAGAGAUAUUACGGCUUAAUCACCUUCGUGAUCGAGCUAGUGAGAAGGGACAUAGGAAGGAGCUUAGAGAAUGUGUGGAAAAGUUAGAGCUCCUGAAGUCACCCAAGGAGUGUCAGCGCAGGCUUCUUGAAAUUCCCAAUAUACAUGCAGACCCAAAUAUGGAUCCAAGUCAUGAAUCUGAAGAAGAUGCAGGAGAAUCAAAUAUAAAGAAACAAGGUGACCAUGCAAGAGAAAGAAAUACUGGUGUUGGAAGAAAGGGAAUAGAGCUCAAUUCUCCAGUAAGAGAAGGUGAUCUGAAUAAUGCAGGAAACAUGGCACUAACAAAUUUAGCUGCUGCCUGUGAGCAAAGUAUAAACACAUGCACAACAUUUUAUGUUGAUAAGGAUGGUACUACUCGAGUUCAUGAUAGAACCAGUGAAUCCAUGUGGAGUAAGGAAGGGGGAGCACUUGGGCUCAGUAGCGAGAAUACAUCAAAGAACCUGUUUGGUUCGUCCGACUCGGUAAAUGAUAAAGCAGCAGUACAAUCUGAAACACAUACUGGUGUUGCACCAUCUGUUAUACCACCUCUUUCGCCAGAGAGAGAACAACUCAUUGGUGAUUUUGAGACAGAAAAGCUGUGGCAUUACCAGGAUCCAUUUGGAAUUGUUCAAGGGCCGUUUUGUAUGAUGCAGCUGCGUAAAUGGAGUACAAGUGGGCUUUUCCCUCUUGAUUUCAGAGUAUGGAGGAUAAAUGAGAAGCAAGAGGACUCUAUUCUUUUGACUGAUGCAUUGGUUGGCCAAUAUUCUAAGCAGCUACUACAACCUUGCAACAGCCAUUUAGAGCCUCAGGAAGCAACAGUUGCAUCUAAUGAUGCAGGUAAAAAUUGGAAAUCUGGGUUCAGUUUGAGCACUGAUGCAUCUUGGCUAGACGGCAAAAAGGUUGAUCAUGACAGUAAGCCUGUGCAAAAUGAUGUAAAUAUCCAUGGGGGUGGUGAUAGUGACCUUGUUAAGAGCAAUAAUGGGUUGGGCUCCCAUUCUUCCACAUGGACUAAGACUGUGGACGUUACGAUGGACAAUGAUGCACAGGCCCAAAGUUCCUUACAGGGCUGGGACUUAUCUAAGGAUAGCAAGGCUUGGACUGGUCAGUCCCGGAUUUGUGGUUCCCUUCCCUCAGCUUCAUCUCCUGGCGACCUUAUUGGAACUCCAUCCAAUCAAGUAAGAGAAGAGCAUGGGGAUGAAAAGUGGAGUUCCAAUACUAAUUCACACAGGAAUAUUGAUGAUCAAACUAAUGCCAGAGAGACUGAUGUGAAAAGAAAACGAUUAGACAGUGAAGGUCAUUCAAACCAAUCCUCUGGCCAAAAUUGGAGAACCCAGCCCAUUACCAGUUCUUCAAGCGGAUGGGAUUCCAACUCUGGUUUUGUAUCUGCAGCCAAGUCAAUUGGAAAAUCUGAGCUGCAUCAGGAAAUUGAUUUCUCUGAUCUGCUAAGUCCAAGACCAAAGCAAAGCCAUGAAGACUCGAAAGAUGAUGUUGCUAAGAACAAACUGCCUCUUACCUCAAAUGUUCCUGUCCAGGAUUCAGGACCUACUUGGAGCACUGCUUCGAGUUUAGUGGUUGGUGAAUGGGGUGGCUAUUCUUCUCAUCCCAAACCUUCUGUUGAGGAAUGGGACUCAAAUCAUGUAUCUGCAUCUUCACUGAAACCAACUGAAGGUGCAAGUGAUCAUGCUGCUACACCAACAUCUGGAACUGGCCCACUGACACAUUCUUCCUCCAGCCAUCCGACAAUUGAUACAUCUAGUUGGCAGCCGAUUGUUCCUGAACCCAAUGAGUUCUGCUCUUUAGUUGAUGAAUCUGUUUCAGACCUGCUUGCCGAAGUUGAAGCAAUGGAAUCUCUUGGUUUGCCUUCCCCUACUUCAAAAAUGAGCUGUGGUGGAGAAUUGACGCCAGGUUCUGAUAAUGAUUGCUUUAGUCCUGUUGAGCCAUUUAGUCCAGCACCUGAUCCAGGGAAAAGUGAUGCAUUGAGCUCCACCAGUGAUAUACAUAUGCCUUCUCAGUUGCCUGCAGCUGAUGUAGUACUUCGGCUAUCUCACACACCUUCUCAGCCAACUGUAACAGAUGAACUUGCAGUAUCUCAAAUGCAUUCUCGGUUGGCUGUGACUGAUAAACAUCAUCCGUUGCCUCAGAUGCCACCACGGUCUAUUGUCCAAGAUGAGCCGCUAGGAGCAUCUCCAAUGCCUCAGUCCACUUUAACGGAGGAGCCACUUGGGUUAUGGCAUACUGAUGUUCUUGAUGCUCAAAAAAGCUUUAGCAGGCAUUCACCUAGUAGUGCGGAAGUGGUUGGAGAUACAAAGCGCAGUGAUGUUUCUGUUAACCAAUGGGAAACGCGUUCAGAACCACUGGCAUCUUCAACCAUAAACCAAAGGGAAGCAGGUUCAGACAUUCGGUCGCGUACUUCAUCAUCAGUUGGCCAAUGGGAAGCUGGUUCUGAUUCCCAACGUCCUGCAUCAUCAACUGCAGAUGCUAGUUAUGGAACAAUAAAGGGAAAUGCAAACUCAAACCAAGUUGUAUCUCAAGGAAAUACGAACAUGAUUUGGGGAACUGGUCAUGGAUCAGUUCAGCAACAAGCUAGUUCAAAUUCUGCUAUUUCUACUGGGAUUCUAGGUAGUUGGGGAAGCCAACACCAACAAAGGCAUGGUGGGGACAAUAGAUUUGCUGGUUCAAGAGACCACCGGAAUUAUUAUCAAGGACGAGAUUCAGGUUUUAGUAGGGAUAGAUCUUCAUGGAACAGGCAACCAGCAUAUGGUGCUGGAAAUGGAGGAGGUACUUUCAAGGCACAGGGUAAAGGGCAGCGAGUAUGUAAGUUCUAUGAAAACGGGUACUGCAAAAAGGGGGCAUCAUGUAGUUAUUUGCACCCAUGAUUAUUAGGUUCGAAGUUACACGCAAUUGUUGUGCAUUCAAUUCUGUAAUCAUCAAUUGUAUUAGGGAGUUUGCUUAUGUUAAUGUUCUAAUUUAACAUGUAAAAGUAUUAAAAGUGGCAUAAUACGUUUGUUCUUUGGAUAGCUUAAUUAGAGCUGCAUGUUGCAGUUGAUAUAUAAAUUCUUUUGUCUGCUCAAUGCACAAGGUAUUGUUAGGAA